AUGAGGCUAUCACUGCUAUGGCUGUGCUUCGCUGCAACGUGCCAGGCUGCGCAGCUUUUGGUCUACACUCGCACGGCAGGCUACAGGCACGAGUCUAUCCCGACUGCAGUGGCUGCCAUUGAACAGUUUGGUCGAAACGCCUCGACGGGGCUCUACAAUGUCGUCAACAGUGAGGAUCCUGCAGUGUUCAACACGACAGCGUCUCUGCUUGAGUACGAUGCAAUUGCCUUUCUAUCAAACUCGGAUGAGAUCCUCGAUACGCCAACUCAGAGAGCCAACCUGGAGGCGUAUCUCUUGGCUGGCAAGGGACUCAUAGGCAUUCAUUCUGGAAACGCUGCUCUCUUCGAUGUACCCUUCUUCGGUACCGCCCUGGGCGCAUUCUUUGACUAUCAUCCGACAUUGCAAGAAGCCACAUUCGAAGUUCUCGACUCGGAUCACCCUUCGACAAGCAACCUGCCGCCCGUCUUAUCAUUCGAAGAGGAGGUCUACCAGUAUCGUAGUGAUCCACGUGCGACGAACGUCACGCUCCUGCUCACUGUCGACCCUGCAUCAUACAGCGAUCCACAGAACGGCACACGACCGUACUAUCAAGGUGGCCAACCUCAUCCUAUUGCCUGGUACAGAGACACUCCUCUCGAUCUAGGCAAUCGCACGAACACAAAUGGUCAGAACGGUACAGAUGGCACCGUUGUACAACCGGGCUCCUUUAUUGCUACAGGUCGGACGUGGUACACCAGCCUGGGCCACCUGACAAUGACGUGGCAAGACUCGACAUUCUUGUCGCACGUCCAAGGAGGCAUCAGUUGGGUCUUAGAGCUCGAUAGCUCCUCGUCGACGAGCAGUAGCACGACGAGCAUGGGUACAAGCGUCGCUGCGACUUCAUCGCCAAGCACAUCACCUACCGCUGCAUCCACUUCCUCACAAAGCAGUGCUGCCGGGCUUCUUGCAACAGAAUUAAGCAUGGCCCUCUUGGCGGUCUGCACAGUGUUGUCACUCUCUAUAUGA